GCGGGGCCUCCCGCGGGCGCGCAGGCUUCUGCCUGGCCACCUCUGGGUCCUGCCGGCGUCUUUGGCGACCCCAGGGGAAGAUGGCGGCGCCCUGGUGGCGUGCCGCGUUGUUCGCGAGUGGGAGAUGCCGGGGCUUGAGCACCUCGGCCUCCCUCCGCCGCCGGACACCUCCUCUCGGGCCUAUGCCCAACGAGGACAUUGACGUGAGCAACCUGGAGCGGCUGGAGAAGUACCGGAGCUUCGAGCGGUACCGCCGCCGGGCGGAGCAGGAGGCGCGGGCCCCGCACUGGUGGCGGACCUACCGGGAGCAUUUCGUGAAGGAGACAGAUCCCAGAGACAAAAUUGACAUUGGACUGCCCCCAUCUCGGGUCGUUCGGACUCAACAGCUACAGGAUCGGAAACGUUUUAUAAGGGAGCUUCGAGCCAACGUAGAAGAAGAGCGGGCAGCCCGCCUCCGCACAGCCAGCAUCCCACUGGAGGCAGUGCGGACCGAGUGGGAGAAGACCUGCGGUCCCUACCACAAGCAGCGUCUGGCCGAGUAUUAUGGCCUCUACCAAGACCUGUUCCACGGGGCCACGUUUGUGCCCAGGGUCCCCCUUCAUGUGGCCUAUGCUGUGGGAGAAGAGGACCUGGUCCCAGUGUAUCAUGGCAAUGAAGUGACUCCAGCCGAGGCUUCCCAGGCCCCAGAGGUGACCUAUGAGGCAGACAAGGAUUCCUUGUGGACACUACUACUUACCAACUUGGAUGGACACCUGCUGGAGCCAGAUGCCGAGUACAUUCAUUGGCUGCUGACCAACAUCCCAAGCAACAGGGUGGCUGAAGGACAGGAGACAUGUCCCUACCUCCCCCCCUUCCCUGCUCGAGGCUCUGGCUUCCACCGCUUUGUCUUCUUGCUCUUCAAGCAGGACAAGCCAAUCAACUUCUCUGAGGACACCCGACCCUCACCCUGCUACCAGCUGGCCCAGCGGACCUUCCGCACUUUUGAUUUCUACAAGAAACACCAGGAAGCCAUGACUCCAGCUGGCCUAGCUUUCUUCCAGUGCCGCUGGGAUGACUCAGUCACCCACACCUUCCAUCAGCUUUUAGACAUGCGGGAACCUGUGUUUGAAUUUGUGCGACCACCCCCUUACCACCCCAAACAGAAGCGCUUCCCUCACCAGCAGCCCCUACGCUAUCUGGAUCGAUACAGGGACAGUCAUGAGCCCACUUACGGAAUCUACUGAGAGGCAGAAUUCAUUCAUCUUAGAGGGUGAGCUGGCACAGCCGGAAGAAGAUCACACCUCAGGAGAACCAAGCCAUCUGGAGCCCUGUCUGAGACAGUCUCUGGCGGGGCCUCUCCCAUCAGGCCCAGGGGCUUGCUGGAAGGUGCUUCGAUUAUGUGUGAAUAAAGUAAUUUUUCCUCGUGCAAUACCA